UCAGCACUUUCUUCAGGUGGGUGUUUUAAUGAAUUGCUGGGACCUGCCUUAGGGCAGGCUUCAGCUCUAAUGGUGCCUGGGUGAUAACAAACGAGGUGGAGAUCCCAGCACUCCCGUGGAGCAUGGUGCCCUCAUCCCUCUGUCACUGCUGCUCAGCGUUUUUUGCUUGCUUAAAAAGCUGUAUCAGCAAAGUAAUGGUUUGUAAAAGUGAAAGGACAUGGUUUGUGGAAUUUAGAAAGGCUUCUUUUCUGGUUGCACUUUUCUCUUGUUGCUACCAGAAAUCCUCCCUCUGUUGUAGUUGGUCGCGUGGGGGUUCACACAGCCCUUCUGUUUCCUGUCAUUGCAACCCCCAGUUGUGGAUUUCUUCCUUUGUAUUUUUCUGUUUGCAAAUUCACCUUGUUAAGGUCUGUGCAGCUUUGACUUGAGCCCGUUGCUUGCAGUACCUGCUCAGUCUUGCUGCUUUGGUUCUCCUUCCUGCAGAGAAAGAGGCACCGUUUCUCUUCCUCAGCCUUUGAAGUCUAAAAGCUUUUUAUAAAGUGGCCCUAUAGGAAUUCCUCCUCCCCCACCUUUUUGCUUGCUCAGAAGUUUGCUUUGCCCUCUGAGUUGUUUGCAAACAGUUACAGGCAAAAUGUUAAAUGCACGAAGGGUCAGAUUUAUGUGUGCACACUGUGAAUCUUCCACUUCAUCCAGAGCAGCAGCAUCAAUUGGUUUAUAACCUUAGCACUUGUGCAAACACACUGGACUGUUUCCCCUGUCCAAGGUAUUUAACUGAGGCUGUGGCUUGAUGCCAGGGUGCUGCAUGGAGAGCUGAGACACCAAAUAGCUCCGUGGGAAUCAGGGCAGUUUGAAGGCAAAUAUCAUAUCAGUAGUCCAAAUCCAGUGCUUUCAAAGUCUGUGCCCCACGAAAGGCACUUCUGUCUCUGCCCUUUUCCCCUGACUAUGAAAAAAUCUGGUGCUGAUGCUGCAGGGUUAGUGCCCUGAGUGUUCCUGCCUCUGGGAAACGAGAGCACCUCUGGCAGACCUUUAACUUGAUCCCCUGGAGCAGAGGAGCUGCACAUCCAGAGCUGCCUGUCCCAGCCCAAACACACUCCAAGUGUGGGGCUGGCUGAGGUCGGAAGGAACCCACCAGCAGAGCAGGAUGAGGCUGUGUCUGCUUUGGGAAAAACUCAAGUCAGUGAAAUGUGGCAUUUUAGGAGAUGUCCGUGUGUCCCCCGUAGGGUGGUGGGAAGGGUUUGCUGAGCCCUUACUGCAGAUACUGACUUUGAGCAGUAAACCCACACUUCUCCUGGGAGACCUUGUUUUGCUGGGAGAUGGGGUGGGAGUUUUCAGGCAUCUAGGUACUGGAUGCUCCUGGAGAAGCUCCAGGAGCUGUGGAGAAGCCACUUCAGAAGCACCUGGAGCCAUGUUUCCAGCACUGUCAGUGCUGUUGCCAAGCCAGCCCCCACAGAUAAAGCAAAGUGCUCCAGUAAAGGCCCAGCACUGGUGCCAGCACUGCUUGAUGAAAGAGGAUGGAGCCAGAGGAACUGGAGGAGCCAGAGGAGGUGUGGGAUGUGUCAGCCAGGUGCUGCCCUCAGGGUGAGUGUCAGAGGGGGAGAGGGUGGGUAGUGGGCAGCCUUUGGGGGGUUGGGAACAGGUUCCUGAGCCCACCCAGCUGCCUGUGCCCCCCUCUCCCACAGCCAUCCCUCUUGGCACAAAGUAUUCUCACAGAAACACCAUCAGAGAUGGCUUUUGGCUCGGCUGGUGGGACUGGAGAAGGAGAGACAAGGUCUAGUGGCUGGUUAAACAUGAUGGUUAAACCAGCCUGUUUUGAAAGGAGCUGUUGUGUAGAUGAAAUGCUUGUAUUGCUCCACUUGGCCUUAUGGAGUAUGUAAAUAUGGGUCACAAUAAGUGCAGGGUGCUGCAAGAAGCAUUUUGUGCUGCCAGGUUUCCUCAGUCAUGGAGAGACUGUGGCUGCUGGGCCGUGCCCUGCACAGCUACAGGGCAAGUUUAGCUUUGCCAGAUAUUAACAAAAAAAAUAAUCUAUUUUCUAACAUUGUACAGGGAACAUUCCUCAAAGGGAUUUAAGAUGCUGACAGCAAAAGGAAACGAGUUCUGCUAAGAAGACAAAUCGCUGGUCCAAGAGGAUGGUGCUUCCCCUGGGAUAGAUCGUGAUUUGCCUGGAAAGUUGGAUCCAUGCAUGUGGCAUUUGGCUUCCAGAAGAUCCUGUUGGACCUCCGGGAACCGACACCAUGUCCCGUCUUCCAUCCCAGCCCCAACAAGCUGCACAAUGACUGAGCAGCAAAGUCCCCCUGAGCAGAUGGCGACUGGGGAGGGUACUGGCGAGCGAGGUGGCAAUUACAAGAUCACGAUCUACGAGCUGGAGAAUUUCCAGGGGAAGAAGUGUGAGCUGACAGAGGAGCUACCCAACAUCACUGAGAAAGAGCUGGAGAAGGUGGGCUCCAUCCAGGUGGAGUCUGGCCCGUGGCUGGGCUUCGAGCGUCAGGCCUUUGCUGGGGAGCAGUUUGUGCUGGAGAAGGGGGACUACCCACGCUGGGACUCCUGGUCCAACAGCCACAACAGUGACAGCCUGAUGUCCAUCCGUCCCCUCCAGAUCGACAGCCCUGAGCACAAGAUCCACCUCUUUGAGAAUGCAGGCUACACCGGGCGGAAGAUGGAGAUCGUGGACGAUGACGUCCCCAGCCUGUGGGCCCACGGCUUCCAGGACCGCGUGGCCAGUGUCAGGGCCCUGAACGGAACGUGGGUGGGCUACGAGUACCCGGGGUACCGGGGCCGCCAGCACGUCUUCGAGAAGGGGGAGUACCGGCACUGGAACGAGUGGGACGCCAACCAGCCCCUCAUCCAGUCCGUGCGCCGCGUGCGGGACCAGCAGUGGCACCAGCGGGGCUGCUUUGAGAACAGCUGAGGGACCCCCCGGGCCCCCCGCCCCCCGUGCCGGGGGCUGCCAGCUGCUGCCGUGACCUUGGUGUUUGGGGUUUGUUG